CACCAGCUCAAUUCUUAAUGCCAAAACACGCGAAUCUACGGCUUAGUUAUCGUUCAGUUGUUGUAGGCUGCAUUGCUCCCGAAAAAUUGUCCAAAAAAUAUCCAGACACCAUGUUGCUCAUCUGUCUGUUGAUGUUAACCUUUCUGGCUCUUAAUCACUGGUUGAGACAGAAGUACGACUACUUUAAGAGCCGUGGAGUCCCCUACCUCCCCGCCUCCUCGUGGUCCCCGAUGGGCAAUCUCGGACAGCUUUUAUUCCUCCGUAUUUCCUUUGGCGAUCUUUUUCGGCGGCUCUACGCAGAUCCUCGAGGUGGCCAAGCGAAAGUUGUGGGCUUCUUUGUCUUCCAAACGCCGGCUCUGAUGAUUCGAGAUCCCGAGCUUAUCCGCAAGGUGCUGAUCAAGAACUUUAACAGCUUUCUAAACCGCUACGAAUCGGCAGACAGUGGAGAUCCCAUGGGUGCAUUGACCCUACCGUUGGCGAAGUACCACCACUGGAAGGAGAGUCGGCAGUGCAUGUCGCAACUCUUUACUAGCGGGCGCCUGCGGGAGGUAAUGUAUCCCCAGAUGUUGGGUGUGGCCGUCGACCUGGAGAACUACCUCAACAAAAAGCUUCGGGAUCGGUCAGAGCGUGUUCUUCCAAUAGGAAAAAUGUGCCAGUUAUACACCACUGAUGUGACGGGAAAUCUUUUCUACAGCCUGGAUGUGGGCGGAUUGCGUCGAGGGCGUUCUCAGCUGCUAAAAAAAACAGUAGAACUCUUUAACACAAAUCCCCGAAAGGUUCUUGACUUCAUGAGCGUGUUCUUCCUCCCGAGAAAGACGAAUCUGCUGAGGCCCAAAGUUUUUAGGGAAGACUAUGCGCAGUAUAUGAGAAACUUAGUUAAGGAUCAUCGCGAGCCAGAAAAGGGUGAUCUCAUAAAUCAACUGCAGCACUUCCAGCUCAGGCACUCAUCUAACCACUAUUCCCAACAUCCGGACUUCAUAGCCUCUCAGGCUGGCAUUAUUUUGCUGGCCGGAUUUGAAACUUCUUCAGCCCUAAUAGGAUUCACUCUCUACGAGCUGGCCAAAGCACCAGAUAUUCAAAGCCGACUGAGAAGGGAGCUAAGUGAAGCCUUUAUCUCCACUUCCACCAUCAGCUGUGACUCACUGAUGGCUUUGCCUUAUCUCAAAAUGGUAUGUUUGGAGGCACUGCGUCUCUAUCCGGCUGCUGCGUUUACCAACAGAGAGUGCACCAGUUCGGAAUCCGUAGGGUUCUCCCUACAGCCGCAUGUGGACUUCGUUGUGCCGCCAGGAAUGCCAGCCUACAUCUCAAUUCUUGGCCUGCACCGUGAUGAAAAGUACUGGCCCGAACCUCUUCGCUUUGAUCCCGAGAGGUUCGCUCCAGAGCGGACCAAGGACAUUCACCCCAUGACCUAUAUACCGUUUGGAGCUGGGCCUCAUGGCUGUAUUGGUAGUCGUCUCGGCAUCCUCCAGCUGAAAUUGGGCAUAGCCCACAUUUUAAAACUAUAUUGGGUUGAGGUUUGCGAGCGAACAGUACCGGAGAUUCGCUUCAACCCCAAGUCGUUCAUGUUGGCGUCGCAGGAUGAAAUAUACUUAAGGUUCUGCAGGGAUACAUUAUAGUUUUAAAAAUAUAAAAAAUCUCUGGCUGUGAUUUAAACAAAAAGAUAUUUUCACACCAUUAGUUCCUAGCUUUCCACUACACUGAAUCUCAUUGUUCCCCAAAGAAUUUUAAGGUCAUUGUACUUAAAACAAAUGUUUAGUAUUUAGAAUAUGUAUUAUAUUGUUUCUUAAACUCCCAUUCAAUAAAUCACAUUAAAAAAGUAA